UGUCGUUACUACCUCAGCAUGCAAUAAAUAUCUACCCGUCCACACAUCUAUCUCUCCACACCCACGACACCCACCCACGGCAGGCACCUGCCUUCAUCUCCUUUCUCCCCUCCUAGUGUGUCCGGUACUCCGCCUCUUCGGUGUGCAGGCGGGCAGGCGAGCUCCGGGCAUGGUUGGGUGUUCUCUGUGUCGCGUGCUCGGCGAAGGCAGCGGGAGGGGGUGGGGGAGGGGGGGUGCUGGGGCCGCCUGUGGCAGGGUGGCACUUCUGACUGCGAUCACGACGCAAGGAAUCCACCUUCUGCAGCAGGGACAGUAAGGCAACAGGCAGACAGUGACAGUGAAUGGUUGACAAUAUGAAGUGCAAGGCCGCGGGUGCAUUAUUUACCUUGCAGAGUGUGCCUAGCUGGCCCUUCAGCUUCUCCAAGCUGCUACACAGCUCGUCCAAGUCUGCCUGGUCAACCAUCCCAUCGCUAUCGAGGUCAAUGUCCAGCUGCGUCCACACACACACACACACACACACAACAUCCAGUAAUGUCAUCAUCCAUCCAUCCAUCCAUGCGUCUUGCCUGCUCCAUACACCGCCCCAGCGCAGAAACGUCAUCACCAAGCCCAUGCGGACGCGGAACGACUUGCUGGGAGUGCCCACCCGCGGCAAGGUCCAUGGACACACCCGAUGGCUGCGCCACACGGUCCUCAACUCCACCGGGAGAACCUGCCGACCACAAGUGGACAGAAAGAAGCGGAAUACCAUUGCAAAGGUGUGGGAUCUAUGCAUAUGUGUACUGACCAGGGCUGCUCGGGCUUGACUGGGCUAGGUGGGGGUCUUGAGGCGUGUGCAGGAGGUGGCGCGUGCCGCCUGCGGUGACUCGGACUGGAUCAUGCUGCGAGUUGAAGGAGAGGCGGCUGCCGUCCUCGAAGAGGAGAGGCGGGCUGGCCUCGGCAGCUGGAGGGCUAGCCAAGGCUGGAUCUAAACGAGAACCUGACGAGGAGCAGCGAUUCCUCUCGUCCAU